AUGGCAUCUCUACACCCCUUCGACCCCAUCACCCCGGGGGAAAUCAACCUCGCGACCAAAAUCCUCCAUGGCGCAUUCCCGGGGGUCAGCUUACGGUACAAGAAGAUUGACCUGCAAGAACCCAUCAAGGCUGAGGUCAUCCCGUACAUCGAGGCUGAGCGUCUUGGAAAGCCAUUGCCUCGCAAGCCGACCCGGCUACUGCAGGCCCUCUUCCACAGACUGGACACGGGUGCAUUCUUCAAGGCUUUGCUCAAUGCUGAUGCCAAGAACAUUGUCUACGCAAAGGAGCUGCCGAAGGAGAUUCAGGGUCCUGUCGAUGUCGACGAGAUGAUUGCCAUCGAGCAGCUCUGUCUCUCGCACCCGGUUGUCCAGGCCGAGAUCGCCAAAUUGCAGCUCCCUGCUGGUGUCACAGUGUGUAACGACCCCUGGAUCUAUGGCACCGACGACAGCAAGGAAUCCCGCCGUCUGUUCCAGUGCUACAUGUACAUCGUCGGCACUGACCACCCGCAAAACAACCACUACUCGACCCCCUGCAAGUUCUCCCCCGUGUUCGACGCUCUCACCCACGAGCUCGUCCGCAUGGAUUACCUCCCCACUGGGCGUGACAGUGCCACGACAGACACCCAGCCGUGGAAGCCUGUCGAGACCGUCCAGUACGCGCACGAUCUUCUACCGGAGGCUCUCCGCUCAGAUCUGAAGCCGUACAUUGUCCAGCAACCACAGGGCCCGUCAUUCACAGCAAAUGGAAACGAGGUGACCUGGCAGAAGUGGCGGUUCCGGAUUGGAUUCAACAGCAGAGAGGGAAUGGUCAUCCAUAACCUCACCUACGACAACAGGAGCGUGUUCUACCGACUGUCCAUGUCUGAAAUGACCGUUCCGUACGGAGAUCCCCGCGCCCCCUUCCACCGCAAACAAGCAUUUGAUGUCGGCGACGUCGGCUUCGGUAUCACCGCCAACCAACUCUCCCUAGGCUGCGACUGCCUAGGCCAUAUCAAAUACUUCGACGGCUACCGCUGCGACAGCAAGGGAACGCCCAUUCAACUCCAAAACGUAAUCUGCCUGCACGAGCAAGACGCAGGCCUACAACACAAACACACAAACUACCGCUCCGGCGCCGCAACGGUCGUCCGAAACCGCCAGCUCGUGGCGCAGAUGAUAUGCACCGUCGCGAACUACGAGUACAUCUUCGCGUUCGUCUUCGACCAGGCGGCGAAUAUCGAGCUUGAAGUCCGCGCUACUGGUAUUCUUAGCACUGUCCCCUUCGACAACGAAGUGCCUGGCACUACCGUACCCUGGGGCACGAAUGUCGCACCUGGUGUUAUGGCGCCGUACCACCAGCACUUAUUCUCCUUCCGUAUGGACCCGGCGAUCGACGGGUACAAGAACACGGUUAUAUACCAGGACUCUGUGCCCAUGGUUGAAGACGCCCAGACGAACCCGUAUCUGGUCGGGUACACGACAGACGAAACGGUCAUGAAGAAGAGCGGCACCGCCGACACAGCCGUGGACAAGAACCGCGUGUUCAAGAUCCGUAACGACAGCAAGAUCAACGAGAUCACGUACAAACCGCUGGCAUAUAAACUGAUGGCAGCGCCAGCACAGAUGAUGCUCGCAUCUCCACGCUCCUUCGGACAGAAGAGAGCCAUGUUCGGCACCAAGCCGAUCUGGGUGACGAAGUACCGCGACGACGAGCUAUUCGCGGCCGGCGAGUUCACGAACCAGAGUAAAAGGAGCGAGGGCGUUGAUACGUGGGCGGCUCGGAACGAGAAUGUCGAGGAUGAGGAUUUGGUUCUUUGGCAUACAUUCGGCCUCACACAUAACCCGCGUAUUGAGGAUUUCCCGGUUAUGCCUAUGGAGCGGGUCAGCGUGAUGCUGAAGCCGGAUGGGUUCUUCACGAAGAACCCUGCGCUGGAUGUGCCGCCGUCGACGCAGGCGUUCAACAAGUCGACGCUGCAUCCGGAGGCCUCGUCGUGCUGCUCUGGGACUAAGCUUUGA